UGCAAAUUUAUACAUACAAAUGUAAACACGAGCAAAAGAUAGGCACCACAAAAUUUAGGAUUGGGAUUUUCUUGUGGGGUUAUAUUAAUCUCUUGUCCGUAUUUCCACAACCAAAUCCACCUGUAAAACUUCUACAAAUUUCUAGAUCAGUCUCCCACUUUCUCUCUUCUCAAUUAAAAUCCACUCCUACUGCUGUAACCCAUCAUGCUCUCCCUCAACUUCAAUCCAAUUCUUCAUCUACUCCUUCAAUGGCCACCCUUUUCACUACUUCUUGUUCAUUCUCUUCUUCUCCCUCAUGGGUUCUCAAGAAAAACCCAAGCCCAUCUUGUCUGCCUUCUCUUUCCAAACACCCAUUUGGCCAAAACACUCAACUCUCAUUUUCUCUCUUCUCCACCCCCAAUUCCAAAAGACUUGUCAAGUUUUUGGUCAAAGCUGAGCAAGAAAAUGAACCCUCUUCUUCUUCUUCCUCAUCAUCAUCAUCCUCUGUUGCUGUAGUUUCAGAAAAGCCUGAAAUUGAGGAUACCCAAAAGGGAGGUGUGUCUGGAGAGGAUGAAUUGAGGGAGUCAGAGGCUGAGGAGAGAGAGAAACAGCAAGAACUGGACUGGAAGACUGACGAGGAGUUCAAGAAAUUCAUGGGUAAUCCUUCGAUUGAGGCCGCGAUUAAGCUUGAGAAGAAGAGGGCAGAUAGGAAGCUCAAAGAGCUUGACAGAGAAAGCAGUGAUAACCCAAUUGUGGGGUUGUUUAACAAACUGGUUCGUGACAAUUUGGCCAGAGAGAAAGAAAUGUUGGAGCAAGCAGAGGAAACUUUCAAGGCUCUUGAUCUUAACAAGUUGAGAAGCUGUUUCGGGUUUGAUACAUUUUUCGCAACAGAUGUGAGGAGAUUUGGAGAUGGGGGAAUUUUCAUUGGAAAUUUGAGGAAACCAGUUGAAGAAGCCAUACCCAAAUUGGAGCGAAAACUAUCAGAAGCAGCAGGGACGGAGGUUGUGUUAUGGCUCAUGGAGGAAAAAUCUAAUGACAUUACAAAACAGGUUUGUAUGGUGCAACCCAAAGCAGAGAUGGAUCUCCAGUUUGAAUCGACAAAGUUGAGCACUCCUUGGGGUUAUGUUAGUGCAAUAACUUUAUGUGUUGCAACUUUUGGGACAAUAGCUUUGAUGAGUGGUUUCUUCCUCAAGCCUAAUGCUACAUUUGAUGAUUACGUAUCUGACGUUGUGCCUCUCUUUGGCGGCUUCCUUUCCAUCUUAGGAGUUUCUGAGAUAGCAACAAGGGUCACAGCAGCUCGAUAUGGUGUUAAACUCAGCCCAUCUUUUCUUGUGCCAUCUAAUUGGACAGGAUGCUUGGGAGUGAUGAAUAACUACGAGUCUCUGCUGCCAAAUAAAAAGGCACUUUUUGAUAUUCCCGUGGCACGCACGGCUAGUGCAUAUCUAACAUCUCUAGUACUUGCAAUUGCUGCGUUUGUGGCCGAUGGAAGCUUUAAUGGUGGUGACAACGCCUUGUAUAUAAGGCCUCAAUUCUUUUACAAUAACCCACUGCUUUCUUUCGUACAAUAUGUCAUUGGACCAUAUGCAGAUGAUCUUGGGAAUGUAUUGCCUUACGCAGUUGAAGGUGUGGGAGUCCCUGUUGACCCCCUUGCUUUUGCUGGACUCUUAGGAAUGGUGGUGACAUCCUUGAACUUGCUGCCAUGUGGAAGGCUUGAAGGAGGUCGCAUUGCGCAAGCUAUGUUUGGUAGAAGCACUGCAACUUUGCUAUCUUUUGCGACCUCACUUCUUCUAGGUAUCGGAGGCUUGAGUGGUAGUGUCCUCUGUUUGGCAUGGGGACUUUUCGCAACCUUCUUCAGAGGUGGAGAGGAAGUACCUGCAAAGGACGAGAUCACCCCAUUGGGAGACGACAGGUAUGCUUGGGGUUUCAUACUCGGCCUCAUUUGUUUCCUUACUCUUUUCCCGAAUGGUGGGGGAAUGUUCUCUAGUUCGUUCUUCAGUGAUCCAUUUUUCAGGGGUGAUUUGUAAAUAGACCUUUUUCUGUGUAGGCAAUACUUUGUGUUCUUAUGUAUAAAACUUUAAAUUUUACUUAGAAAAACAUUAUAAUGAUGUGUACUGUAUUUCAUGUAGCUGGAGCUUGGUGUAUCUAGGGGUGGCUAAUUUCGUGUGGGUAUUUCAUUUUUAUGAUAUUUCUUCCAUUCCAUAUUCUAGUUUUGUU